AAAAAAAUAAAUGUAAGUUGAAAUUCGAUAGCAUUUGAAAUUAAUGACUGUUAAUGAACUAGUCUUUGAACAAUAGGAUCUUUGAAUAAAUGUAUUUCUGCUGUAAAGAAUGUGUAUGGAUAUCUGGAGAUCUCAAGGAACAGACUUCAAGAAUGUCCGCUUGCAAGUAACAAUAAGGCGAGUAGUUCUUCUCUUUCUGGUGUGUCUCUCCGUCUACAUCUACCUCUACAUCAACACAUUUGAUGGCAUGAAGUCGUCUGCUGUGUAUGGACUUCAGAGACUAUUUGAAAACGUUGCUUUCCAGAAUUCGAUCCCGUCACUGGGUGAGGAACAAUCACAGACACAUCUUCAAGACUUGAAAAGCCUGAAGAUGGAGUUCUUCGCCAGGAGAGAAAUAGAGCAAGAACAGACCACACCAUUGCCUACAAUUACCGAUGUAGUUAAAAUCCAUAGCAACUUCGAUAAAGAACAAUUACAAAAGUAUAGAACAAGGAUUUUGAAAAAAGAGAGUGUACCAUUGUUGACGUUAUUCACCACGUGGAAUUAUAAUCUUGAAAAAGAUCUAGUCCAUAAUAUAACAGUGUUCAAUUGGAUGUCCCUUAAUCCUUUUGUGAUACCGGUGGUAUUUACUAAUGACAGUGACGUUGCUGCAGAUUGUUCUAGAAAAGGAUGGAAGGUCUUGCCCGUCUUGAUCACAGCUGCUGAAGGUGUUCCAGUUCUGAAAUACAUGUACAGAGAUGUGAUGGAGAAAUACAACACCACCUUAUAUGCCUAUAGCAAUGCAGACAUCCUCUUCGCCGACACUCUUCCAGACAGCCUUGUCCAUAUAAUCACAAAUACAUCUCUGGACCUCACUCAGCCUGCACUAAUGGUUGGGAAAAGAACCAACGUUAAAAAUGUUACAUCCGAAGAAGGAAGUGCUUGGUAUAAUAUAACAAAGAUUGCAAAAGAUAGGGGCACAUUGUUUAACGGUUGGGCAGAGGACUAUUUUAUUACGACUAGAUCGUUCCCAUGGCAUGACAUGCCCGAGGUUGUGAUUGGAAGGAGAGCUUAUGAUAACUGGUUAGUUUUUCAUUCCCGAGAAAUGAAAUAUUCUGUGAUAGAUAUUACAAGGAGAGUGUUAGCUGUUCACCAAACGACAAAAGCAGGCAAUCGUGAAGGUCAUAGUCAUAAAAACAAAGAUUACAAUCAUAAUUUGGUAGUAAAAAUGUACAAAAUUAUAAGGUAUCACCUUGGUGUUAUCGAGUGUAUAGAGAAGUAUACACAAUAUGAAUAUGGUAUUGUAAGGAUCAAAAAUCGUAAUAACCGGAAAGGUUGUAAGGCCGGUUGAAGAAAAGUGCAGAAGACACCUCGAUCUAAAUAUAAAUAUAACAGAAGCUUUCUAAUACGAAGCAUUAAAAUUUGUAAUUGCCAUGUGAUAUAUACGAGUAUAUAUGAGUAGUAUAGUAAAAUACAAACGCGUGACAGCAUACAUUGGUAAACAUGAGGUAAUGUUAGUAAAUGAUCUACCUGCUUGGCUGUAUUUGUGUUGCAGAUGAACAACAUGCCUUGUCUGUAUACAUUGUGUGUUAUUCAGCUUAAAUAUGUAACGUUGAUUGUUUAUUUAUAUGAAUGCUACCAAUGUUGAGAGUUUUGCCAGGGGUCGCAUCACAGUAUAUUUUGGAGGCCUUGACUUGGAGAAAGCCAUUUCACUUUUGUGCUAAGAGAAAUUCCUAUAAUCAAAUAUGAAUAAAUUAUUCUCAAACUA